CCCUCGGGCUGGAACGUUUUGACUCCUGUUUGUUUAUUCGUGGGGCCCCACUUGUGUGGAUGUCUAGUGAUCGUUCGUCGGAGACCAACCUCAAACGUUACCAGCAUGGAAUAUAUUUCCUUGAUACCGAAGAGUGUAGCCGUGGCCAGCUGACUAUUGUCGAAGCAUCGUCGGCCAUCCUUCAUCCCACCCUGACUGCUUUUGAAACAACUUCGCAGUUUCCCAUCGGGAUGGUCUUAGUUCAUGCGCCGAUAUACUUCCUUCCAACGCUCCGACAUUUCUCCACGCUACAUUCUCAAUAUCAUAAAACAUUGAUGAGACCAACGGUUUACUCUGCCUGUCUUCAGCAACACCGUUGAUUUACGAUGGACGAGCUCCAUUCAACUUGACUGGGGAGAUGCUUGACAAUUCUAUAGGUCCUUAUUUAACCGUCGUGAAAGGGAGUACGGAAAAUGCAACUUAUUAUUCCCAGCUACUUGGGCAUUCAACGUUACCAACACCGCUUUGGAACAAGGAGAUGAUUCCCUUUGUUCCUGUUCUCACACACCCUAUCGAACAAGCCAUCUCAAUAUCCAUCGACAACACAUCCAUCUUCAUCCCAGGUGGCUCACCUCCUCAGAAUGGCUUUCGACGAACUGGGUUCAUUGCCCAGAUAGACGGGAACCAUACCUACCUGAAUGGAAUAAUGGAAGUCGGGACUACCGUCUUCCAUGUCUCGAUCAAAGGAAACACGCUCUUCCCUCUCAACUAUACACACGAAUAUCAGAUCGUCUGGAUUGAACCAAACGACGGAUCCCAUGUAUUUGAGAUUCAAGUAGGAUCUCCUUUCACCGACCCCACUGGACCCUUGCCUGCGCCAAAAGCCCACUACCUCAAAGUCCGCGAUCAUGCCCUAAACUUACUUUUCUACACACCUUUCACGAUGGAAAAUUGGCAUAACUUCGCCGUCCAAAUCAACUGGGAAAGUCGAACUCUAGGUGUCUACUACUCGACCGAUGAUGCCCCCCUUCAGGCAGUGACAGGCGUCCUUUCAAAUCCUACCACAUCAGCGGGCGCUACUGGACAAGGCGACUAUCAUUUUGGCGUUCUGAAGUUACCUCUGGUAAAUCCAGCUGAUACGCCGGCUGAACAAGCCAACGUUGUCGAUUACGGUAUUCAAGAAGGUGACAAGGAAACUUUGCUGUACUCUGGAGUAUUUGUUGAGCACAUUACAAGAGGCGUGAGUGCGGGUAAUGGACGGAUGAUCUCACCAAUCUCGUAAAAUAAAUAAAGGUAUAUCGCUCCUUCUGGAUAGUGUCUGGAUAUCCGAGUCGAUGCUUCUUUUGUAGCUCGUUUGGAACAUAUUUUCCGGUCACUGUAAAACAAAAUGCGGCAUAUAUUGCACAUAUCGUAACUCUUCAAUACCCCUCGCGAUGCUAUUUCCCCUAGCCUACAGCAGCUCGUGAAUAUAUCUCAAUAAGUGAGACUU